AGCAGCAAUAGGUGGAGUACUUUUACCUGUUAUUCUUUGCGACAACCCUGAUAUUGUUUGUAUCAUUAAUCUUGACGAAACCGCUGCAGGCAUGCCGUCGAUCGAUCCGCGACUUGGCACCACACCAGUGCCGUCAGCGGCGUUGCAGGUGCCACCGAUUAUAGGAUAUAGUGCUCAAGUGCCGUCUUACAACACCGCUGUGAGAUUCCCUAGGGAGCGACGGAGUAUUAAAUUAAACACGAUUCCUACCAAUAAAUUAGAAAGAUUAGGCAUGAUGGAAACUGCCAGUCAUCGAAUUCGCAAAAGACAAGCAGGUUGCAGGUGCGUAGCAGCAGGCACUUGCACCAAUAAUGGAACUAAUGCUGGAGGUGGUUUGAUUGAUAUUAGAAUUGUAACUCCGGGAGGUGGAUCAGGAACGACGUGUCCUGCCGGGCAGGUACUCUGUUGUGGCACCUCGACUACAAUGAUAGCAUGCGGCACUUUGCAGACAGUACCCGCCACAGCGAUCACUCCAGCAGUUGGUCAGGCCAAUUUCGGAGAAUAUCCGUGGCAGGCACUAAUUUUAACAAAACAGAACGAUUACAUCGCUGGAGGUGUGCUCAUUGACCAAUUCAACGUUUUAACAGUGACUCAUCGACUUUCUACAUACAUUGUAUCAGGGACAGCUCCUAACGUCAAGGUGCGUUUGGGUGAGUGGGACGCCGCCGGGACCUACGAGCCGGUGCCAUACCAAGAGUACACAGUCGCCAAGGUGUCCAGCCACCCCUCCUUCAACCCCACUACCUUGCAGUACGACAUCACUGUACUGCGACUGUCGACUCCGGUCCCUUUGACGCCUAUGACUGGCUCUGUUGCUACUAUCAACAGAGCAUGCUUGCCGGCAUCCAAUGCGGCUACUUAUACUGGUCAGAGGUGUUGGGUAUCUGGAUGGGGUAAAAAUAUGUUUGGCCUACAAGGGCAAUACCAGCAGAUUUUGAAGAAAGUAGACGUGCCAAUUGUAGACCCAGCAACGUGCCAAUCUCAGAUGCAAGCGGCACGUCUAGGCCCCAGCUUCGCUCUGGACACCACGUCCUUCAUUUGUGCUGGCGGUGAAGCAAAUAAGGAUGCAUGUACAGGUGACGGCGGUUCGGGGCUCGUGUGCCAAGUGAACGGGCAGUGGGUGGUGGUCGGGCUGGUGGCCUGGGGGCUCGGCUGCGCCAAUGCCAAUGUGCCCGCCGCCUACGCCAACGUCGCCGCGCAGCUGCCCUGGAUACAGACUCAGGUGGCUACCGCCUAGGAGGAUUAAUAUUGCUUCAAGUCUUUUAGAGUCGAGG